UGAGCCAUUUGGACCUAAAUGUAUACGGCGGCUUUAAGGCGAUCACUGAUCAGUGUGUUGUGUCGGUUGGUCGUCAGGACGACAAAGCUGGAACAGCAGCAACGCCAUGGAGGUUGACGGUCAACACCGUGAUUCCCAGUUUCCCUCAACGCCGAGCCUCAACAGGACCAUCAGCCAUGGCAGCCAUUGCUGCAGGUAGCUUAGCUCGCGACAUUGCGCCAACGGUUACUCUAACCUCCCACCCGAAUCCCGCGGCUAACCGCUUUCGGGGGGCGAACGCGGCGUCGCAAGUACAUUUAGAGAAGGCAAUAUCGCUGGCUGCGAGCUCGAGCUACUCGGACAGAUGGGUCGUCGCAACGCGACGAGGCGGGUACGGUAGUCGGAGAGUUAGUCGGCAUUGCCCUACCAGCCGGAGACAAUCCUGUCGGGCAUCAGUGGCCACGGAAGAACAUGCCGCUUUCCUUCGCGACGUCGCGGCGAUAGACCCACCGCCGCUGCUCAGCUCGCUGAUCCGAGUGCUUCAGGCGCAGGGCGAGCAGUCCGUGUCUCCAUCCGAUCGCCGAGGCAUGGUACCGCUGGCGAUCCCCCUCACACGCAAUCCAGCCACGGGCGCGGUGACUGCGCUUCUCCGCUGGCCCACGGCUCCUCCAGGCAUGCAGAUGCCAGUUAUCUGCGUGGGGGAGGGUGGCGGCUGCGUCUUGGUUGCACGAUCGGCGGACGAGUACAUCCAGAGAGCACUGGUGGAGGAGGAUGUUGGGGGGAAGGGGGGCGCGGCGGAGGGGGAGAUGGGGAGGAUUCGGGAGGCAGCAGGGGAGGAGGGGCGCAGGUUGUAUUCGCCAGGGGAGUUCGCCGCUUCUAAGUCCAAAUCCCUAGACGCCUAUUUAACAACCAAGGUGGGCAUGUUCCCGGACGUCCUUGAGAGGCUUGCCCUGCGGCACCUGGAGCAGGGCGAUCAGGUGUCGGCGCUGGUGGCGGGGGAGUUCUAUGCGCGCAAGCAUUUCCCAGGCUUCGCCCAUCCCUUCACCUUCAACGCCCAGCUCCUGCUCAGAGUGGGCAGGCCCACCGAGGCAAGGGAUGCAGCUCGCAUUGCACUCAAGUCCCCGUGGUGGACCCUGGGGGCGUCUUAUCAGGAGGUGGCUGAGCUGGCAGGCUACGGGGACUCGCAGUUGGAGUAUGCGUUGGAGCGGCUCACAGAGGAGGGCAGGAAGGAGGACGUCAACAAGGGCAAGGCGCCAGAGCAGGUUGCAUUGGACCAGGCUGCCUUUCUGCUGGACGUUGCAGCAGCGGAGGGAACAUGGGAGGAGACGUGUGAGCAGCUUGCAGGAUUGUACCGAGAAGCAGGGCUGGAGGAAAUUGCCCGUUUUGUCCUCGCUGGCCCCUGAAAUCAGAGUCAGCUAUUGACAAAUGCUGGGAAAGGCAAGAACAGCAAAAAGUGGAGGGAGUACCAAGGUCAUGGUCAAUUCCUUUAUUAUCGUUUUACAGGAAAGCUCCAAAUUUACCCAACUUUCUGGAAGCUGUUUUUCGUUCUAACGAGUCUGGCUUUGUCAGUCACUUCCGUAGAAGCCUUAGAGCGGGGUAUAUGAGGGCAAGGGUCAGGGUCGCAACAGGGUCACGGCAUAAUGUCACAAUGAUUACGCUUCACCGGACUGU